AUGGAGCCACAGUGGCAGAACUACUCUGAUAUACCGGGAAACAAGCCUGGGCAGUUUACUCCCAGCGCUGGCCCGACAACCGUUGACCAGGGACAGACACACCAGCCACCUCGCGGCUUCACUUACGAGACGUACCAGCCGCCAGGCAGCGUGUCCAAGGUGCCUCCGAGCCUCAGACCGACCUCCAUGGCUCCCUCUCCAUCUGGCACCGGCACCAGUUCGGGCACGCCCAACGCUCGCGACCUCGAUCAGGACACUCACAUGGAAGACGCGGACCCGUACAACAGAGCCAAAUAUGCCGCUCGACCGCCCGCGCACCAGCGAAACUCGUCGCAAUUCCUGGCCAACGAAGAAACCUCCUCCGCUGCUCGCAGAUAUUCGCCCAUGAACGCCCUCUCGCCCACUUUGCCGUAUAAUAUAAGUCCAAACACGUCGCAGAAUACAUAUGGUUUCCCUCCCACAGCACAGUCGAGCUCACACCCUUCGCCUACCAAUACGAAUAACUUUGCGGGUUCUCAGUCAUAUCAGUCACCACCAUCUGCACCCUCACGACCACACGCACCACGCCUGCCUCCUAUGCAGUCCAACGACAUGAGUCCUGAAAGAUAUUAUCCGCAGUCUGCCACCCUUCAGCUUCAUUCCGCCUUUGGCCAAGACAAGCCUCAUCGCCCAAUUUCUUAUCAGCCUCAAUCUGCUGGCGGUAGUCCUAGCGCAGGGAUGGGAAAAGGGCCCGUACCGAAAUUCCAGAGUAUCAAAUCUAUCAAUGAACUGAAGCCUAGAAUAAACAAGCAACCUGCAUUUCGACGAGCAAACCCGGAGGGAGGGUUCAUUAGCCCUCUGCAAGCACUCACGACGCACCUGCCUGCUACGUAUCGAAUUUGCAACCCGACCUUCAAGUAUGAAUCAUCUAGGAAUCCUCGACGUGUGUUGACCAAGCCGAGCAAAGGUGUCAAGAACGACGGCUACGAUAACGAUGAUAGCGACUAUAUCCUCUACGUCAACGAUAUUCUCGGCAGCGAGGAGGCAAAUCACAAGAACCGCUACCUCAUCCUCGAUGUCCUCGGUCAAGGAACCUUUGGACAAGUAGUCAAGUGCCAGAACCUCAAGACACAGGAAGUUAUUGCUGUAAAGGUUAUUAAGAACAGAACUGCGUACUUCAACCAGAGUAUGAUGGAAGUUUCUGUCCUAGACUUGAUAAGUAGCAAGCUAGACAAGAACGACGAUCACCAUCUACUCCGGCUAAAGGAUACCUUCAUCCACCGCCAGCAUCUAUGUUUGGUGUUUGAGCUGUUAAGCGUUAAUCUCUACGAGUUGAUCAAACAGAACCAGUUCCGUGGUUUGAGUACCACGCUCGUGAGGGUGUUUGCCCAACAAUUACUUAACGGACUCGCACUCCUGAACAAGGCCAGGCUGAUACACUGCGAUCUGAAGCCGGAGAACAUCCUUUUGAAAAAAAGUCCUUCUCGGAUUACCAUACUCCUCGGCAAUCGAUAUGUGGUCCCUGAAUGUAUCGUUGUCGAGCUAUUCCUCGGUCUUCCCUCUCUUCCCCGGAUCGGAUACAACCAAAUAUCCCGAAUAACAGAAAUGUUGGGCCUGCCUCCAGUAUGGAUGCUUGAAAACGGGAAACAAGCUGGUGAAUUCUUUGAGAAGACGCAGGAUGAGUUUGGUCGGCGGAGCUUCAGGCUGAAGAGCAUGGAGCAGUAUUCUCGCGAACACAACACCAAGGAACAACCAAGCAAGAAGUAUUUCCAGGCUACCACACUACCGGAAAUAAUUAGAACAUACGCGAUGCCGAGAAAGAAUAUGAAGCAAGCUGAAAUUGAUAGAGAGAUGAACAACCGUGUUGCAUUCAUCGACUUUGUUCGCGGCCUCUUAUCUAUCAACCCUCUAGAGAGAUGGUCGCCGCAACAAGCCAAACUUCACCCCUUCAUCACACAGCAAAAGUUCACCCAACCUUUUGUCCCGCCAGUUCACCUUAAGUCCUCCGUCAUCAACAAAUCUGUCGCCCCAGGAGUCCAGCAGCAACAAGCAGCGGAAGCAGCAUCGAAGCAACGCGCCCAAGCAGCCCAGGCCCAAGCAAACUCCGCCGCCCAAUCUGCCUACGCUCUUCAGAUGAACCAGUUCAACGCCCCCCACAAUCAACCUCCACCGGUCUACAAUAACAUGUAUACUGCCCAGCAACAGCAACAAGCUCCGCCACCGCAACAACAGCCGCAACAGCAACAGGGUCCUCCUCCACCUUACCCUACGCAGCAAGGCUACCAAAUGCCCAUCAUGCAAACGGGCCACAUGUCACUUCCACCACAGCAGACACAAUAUAGUUCUCAGAACUUGUACGCCCAGGCCACUACCCGUGCCGGCCGACAGCGCGCUACAACGAUGGACCAGCAACAAAGUGGUAUCCCACAAUCUAUACAGCGUGUAGCCAGUCAUUUGGACCCCAACUCGCCUAUUCGACUACAGCCUAGUCCAGCAUACUACCCACCCCCAGCAGAUGGAUAUGCUGACUCGUCAAGCUCCGGUGCCGGUGGUCAAAGGCGAACAAGCCGGGCGAGAAACAACGGUUCACAUGGUCGAAAUAGAGACUUCAUACGUAGUCUCGAGGACGGGGCGUUGGGAGAUGGCUUCAUGAACCAGAAUCAGUGGCAUUGA